UGGGCACCUUCCUUUCCUCUUCCAUAUAUACUACGGACCUGUGCUCCUCUCCCCAUUCCCAUUUUGUGAACAUGGAGAAGUUUGUGAAACCCACCACUUCAAUGAAGUCUCUGCUUCUGCAUUUUUGUCUUCUUCCUCUCGCUUUUGCUGGCCAUGACUAUGGUCAAGCUUUGUCUAAGAGCAUUCUCUUCUUUGAAGCUCAAAGAUCCGGUUACCUCCCCCACACCCAAAGAGUCGCCUGGAGAGGCAAUUCGGGUCUUAACGAUGGCAAAGCCAGUGGGGUGGAUCUUGUUGGGGGUUACUAUGAUGCAGGUGACAAUGUGAAGUUUGGUUUGCCAAUGGCAUUCACGGUGACAAUGAUGUCAUGGAGCAUCGUUGAAUAUGGUAAACAAAUGGCUUCCAAAGGUGAACUUAGCCAUGCCAUGGAUGCUGUUAAGUGGGGAACUGAUUAUCUCAUUAAAGCUCAUCCUGAGCCCAAUGUUCUCUAUGGAGAAGUGGGAGAUGGAAACACUGACCAUCACUGUUGGCAAAGGCCCGAGGACAUGACCACUGACAGACGGGCCUACAAGAUUGACCCUAGUAACCCCGGUUCAGAUCUCGCCGGUGAAACCGCCGCUGCCAUGGCUGCCGCCUCCAUUGUUUUCCGCCACUCUAACCCCGCUUAUUCCAGCGAGCUUCUCCACCACGCUUACCAGGUCUUUGAUUUUGCGGACAAAUACAGAGGAAAGUAUGACAGCAGCAUUACUGUAGCCCAAAAAUACUACCGUUCAGUCAGUGGAUACAAUGAUGAAUUACUCUGGGCUGCUGCAUGGCUGUACCAAGCAAGUGGCAACCAGUACUACUUGGAUUACCUUGGCAGAAAUGGUGACACUAUGGGCGGAACCGGCUGGGGCAUGACUGAGUUUGGUUGGGAUGUUAAGUAUGCUGGAGUUCAAACUCUUGUUGCCAAGUUCUUAAUGCAAGGCAAAGCUGGACACUAUGCUGCGGUUUUUGAGAGGUACCAACAGAAGGCAGAGUAUUUCAUGUGCUCAUGCCUCGGAAAGGGUUCCCGGAACAUGCAGAAGACUCCUGGCGGCCUGCUAUUCCGGCAGAGGUGGAACAACAUGCAGUUUGUGACCAGCGCUUCCUUCCUUGCUACUGUGUACUCUGACUAUCUUGCUUCCUCUGGAAGAAACUUGAGAUGUUCUUCAGGCAAUGUUGCAGCAUCUCAACUUCUAGGCUUUGCAAAAUCUCAGGUAGAUUACAUUCUUGGUGACAACCCAAGAGCCACAAGUUACAUGGUUGGAUAUGGAAACAACUACCCGCGACAAGUUCACCACAGGGCUUCCUCCAUUGUUUCCAUUAAGGUUAACCCCUCUUUCGUCAGCUGCCGAGGAGGUUAUGCCACUUGGUUUAGCAGGAAAGCCAGUGAUCCCAAUCUCCUUAUUGGAGCCAUUGUUGGUGGACCUGAUGCCUAUGACAACUUCGCUGAUCAGAGAGACAAUUAUGAGCAAACCGAGCCUGCCACUUAUAACAAUGCUCCUCUCCUUGGUAUAUUGGCAAGGCUAAAUGGUGGCCAUCGGGGAUAUAACCAGCUUCUUCCAGUGAAUGUUCCAGCUCGGAAUCCGGUUGUCAGAAAAUCAACUCCAGCACCACAACCUAAAAAAACUCCUCCGGCUUCAUCGUCUGGUCCAAUUGCCAUUGAGCAGAAGACGACAACUUCAUGGGAUGCCAAGGGACGAAAAUACUACAGAUAUUCCACUGUAAUUACUAACAAUUCAGGCAAGACCCUAAAGGAUCUCAAGCUUUCAAUUUCCAAGCUUUAUGGUCCUCUAUGGGGUCUAACAAAGGUGGGCAACGUAUAUGGUUUUCCAUCAUGGCUCAACGCCUUACCUGCCGGAAAAAGUAUGGAGUUUGUCUACAUUCAUUCUGCUGAUCCUGCUGCCGUCUCAAUUUCAAGCUACAGUUUGGCAUAAGAAAGUUUAACAAAAUCAGUUACAUAAAGGUUCUCAAGCUUUCUGGGUGUUCUGAGCAAGAAUUGUGCAGUUUAUACUGAAUGCAGUCCGGAAAAGGUUUUCUUUUUGUUUUCCUUUUCUUUGGGGGAAGGACUUUCAACUUUACUUGUUGGAUUAGGAUAAUAGAUCAUAGGUAAAAUAAGUGUGAAGGUUCGAGGAUGAAAGGAGUGAAGAGACGAUUUAAUAUGAGUGCUCAUCCUCUUUCUCCUCUACUUCCUUAGUUAUAUAGAUAGAUUUGAGAGACAGUUAAAGAUUGAGAAUCGAGAAGUGAAACAAGGUAGUAGCUUCUCAACAUAAUGAAAGCAGUCCUUUCUUUAUUUGUGUCCUUCAAAACAGCUUUGGAUGGAUUUCCUUAUGGGUGUUGCGAAUUGCCAGCAAUUGUCAACCUUCCAUGUUUCUAAUAUAAAUAUAGUUUGUCAAUGAUA